AUGGACAAGUGUCAGUCGAGUGUUUACAGACCCGGCCAGGACUCCGUCCCCCCAGUGCACUUUACGGGCGAAGAAGGCGAAGGAGUCACCGGACGGCGCGCCCCCGGCCCUGCGCCCCUGCACGCGGCGCCGCCUGCCGUCGGGGACCCCGGGCUGCGGAGGGAGGACACUGCUGGCCCCGCCGGAGGGGCUCUCCCCCGUCUUCUGACCCCACCACCUGGGACUCCUGCAGGGGCAGAUCGCUCCCUUCUCUCUCCCUUUUGGACUCUACCUCACUGGUCUGCAAGCCCUCCGAAGAAGGAAUUUAUUUUUCCAAAGGAAUUUGGUUUCGUGCUUGUGUAA